GUGAUAUUCUAUCGGCUACAGGUCUCCUUUGUGAUUCCACGCAUUUCCUACAAUCAAUUGAAAGCAAUGGCCGACACACCGACCGACGAGUACCAUGUGCAAAGUCGCGAGCGGGCCUGGCAGCAGCACUGUCAUGACGAGGAGCGACAGCCUUAUGGGUAUACUCCGCUGUCCACAGACCCCACACGGAAAGAAAUCCGGCUCCUCGAAAUCCUUCCCAGCAACUCUAGCUUCCACGUCGUCUACUGCAAAAUCCACCAUGUUCCCCUCCACGGCCCAGAAUGGAGGCCUUACGAGGCCCUGUCCUACUGCUGGGGCGGCUCUUCUCUGGGUCGAUGGAUCGCCAUCCACGGAGAUGCCAGCAUGAGAUACCUAAAUGUCACUGACAACCUUUACUUCGCAUUGUGGCGCCUGCGGGACCCCUCCGAAUCACGAUGGAUGUGGGUCGACGCCGUCUGCAUCAACCAGAACGACAGCGCCGAAAAGGCCUCUCAGGUUCUCGUGAUGCGGGAUAUCUACGCGAGCUCCAAACGCGCCGUGAUAUGGCUUGGCGAAAAAGACGGCGACGGCAGCAGCGAACGUGGCCUGGAGCUUGUCUUUCGGGUCCAUACCAUUCUCAACUUUGACAAAACCAACAACGUCAAACGCGACCUAUUCAAGCAAACAGAUGGGCCAUCUAAACUCCCGCCACCUACGUUCAGACUCUGGUGGGACCUGUUCGCCCUGCUCAACAGAAGCUGGUUCAGUCGGGCCUGGAUCGUGCAGGAGCUGGCCGUAUCGCCUGAUCUGCUCGUCCUAUGCGGCUACCACCAACUACCGUGGACACACUUCUGGGGCGCCAUAAACUACCUUGGAGAGAUUGCCGGCCUGAAACUGGGGGCAUACUCCAGCGCGUUGCAGCGUCUGCAGCUAUGUGCCAACCUCGACCAAAUACGUAAGCAGUACCAACAGCAAGGCCAAACGUCCGAGCCGCCGGGUGACCAACAACAAGAGAGAGUGGGAUCUGGCGAUGAACAAGAAGAGACUUCUCAAUCAGGGGUUGGCCUGAGCGUCAUGGAGGCGCUGAUGUACAGCCAGAAAGCCGAAGCAACCAUGCCACAGGACCGCCUCUUCGCAUUCUACGGUUUGCUCUCUGCCCAUACAACGGAGGGUCAGACUGUUGUUCAUCGAGACUUUGGACUGCCAGAUCCGAACUAUCUAGUGCCUGCUGCAGAAAUAUAUCGGCAGGCAGCAGUCGGGCUGAUGCAACACCUAGGAAAUCUGGAUCUCUUGAGCGUCACCAGCAUAACCCGUGAAAGGUGGCGGCCGCUGCCGGACGGGACAACAGGGCAAGUCGGGGAUGAAAUGGCGGGCCUGCCCACCUGGGUGCCGAACUGGACAGCAGGCGGAUUGACGGAGCCAUUCCUGUGGCGGCAUUUCCUCACCGAAUUCCGACCGGAACAAAGGCCCACCUACCGCGCUUCCGGGGAUUCGGCCUACGCACCCGAGUUUGAUGCAACGGGGCAAAGACUCCGUCUCAGGGGCCACGUCCUAGGCAUAAUUGGAAGAGCUAGUCAAGUCGUUCGGCCGCCUCCCAAGCAGGAGCUCGACCUGUCCCCGAUUUCUCGCGCAAACUGGGCUCGCGGCUACCUGGAGUACCAGCGGGCUCUCCGUUCUUGCGAAGACGUGGGAGGCAUGUGGGAGCCGGGGAACUACUCCGUCACGGGCGAGUCGCGGAUUCGGGCGUACUGCCAAACCCUCCACGGCGGAGCCGAUGGGUUUCUUGGUGAGGGAAUCACAAUCGAUAAUGUCGAGUUCUUCUUCCGGAUUUGGCAUCUGUCCCACAUGGUCCCCGCCCGGAUUCUCCAGAUUCUAAGGCUCGAUACCGUAGGGUUCUUUGUGCUUUGGACCAUGGCGCUUAGUCUGCUUACCAUGCUCAGGGUCAAGGUCUUUGGUUGGCCAUCCGCUGCCGGGCCGGAUAUGGUCUUCACUUAUCUCACCACCCGUCUCGCACAUCGGCGGGUGAUCAAUACGGAGGACCAACAUGGGAGAGGCGGCUACAUCGGCCUGGGACCGCCUCUUGCGCAGCCGGAGGACACGAUUGUGAUCUGCAUGGGUGGGAAGCUGCCAUUAGUACUACGUCCGAGCAGCGAGGGGGCAUGGGAGUUUAUUGGGGAGUGCUACAUCCAUGGACUCCAGGACGGCAGGAAGUGGGAGGCGCUUGAGAGUAAGAGGGGAGCGGAUAAGGAGGGUGAAACCGAAUUUUGGCUUAUUUAG